UUAUCCCCUAGGAAGAGUUUCAAUGACAGGCUUUUGUCUAUCAAAGGGAUGACGAUGUUUUCUUCGCCCAUAGAAAUCUCAGAAAUCAGUCAAACUUUGGCGUACCCGUGUUCGCGAAAGAUACCGAUAAACUAGGUGGUCUUACUUAGGUCCCAUGGCCGUUAAACUGAAGGAAAGGUCUAUCUUAAAUUUUUCAAAGUAUUGCAUGAUUUGCGCCGGAAUAUGGCGUUUGCCGUUACCUACGCAAAGUAUUUCGAGGAUCAAGCUAUACGGUUUCUAUUCCGCAUUCGUCCAAGUAUAUUUCGUAACGAUAUUAAUUUCCAUGGGCGUCCAGUUUGCUUUGGUAUUGACCGAUCAGAAUGCGGACAAGUCUCCCGAAAAACUAUUCAAGCAGUUGUCAGACAUCAUACCUUUGGUGGUAGUGGAAUUUGCUUCGAUUCUUUGCCAAGGUGACAAAGUGAAGCAAAUCGUAUCCUACAUCAUCGCGGAGGAAGAAGAUAUCGCGAGAUCCAGAGAUAGAGACAUCCUACAGUCUUAUAACAAGCAAGCGAGAUUUUGCAAGAUCACCAACACGGCCAUCUUCACAUUUACUCUUGGGACCGGCUCGUGUAUGAUACUGGAAAACUUUUGGCGCCAAUUGAAGAUUGCAAAGUACAACGCGGAACAGAACGCCAGCUUGGCAAAGCCUUUUCCAUUCGAACUGUACUGCUAUAAACUGAACAAACAAGAACACGCGAUGUUUCUUCUCCUGGUCAACGACGUGUCGAUUAUUAUAAACGUUUUUUUAAUUAUAUCGACGAAAUUGAUUUUUAUUUCCUGCAUCAUAUUCGUGCCGUCGGUGUUGAAGAAAUUACAAAUUGAGUUUGUGAAAAUGGCGUCCUACAACAAGGACGUGUUUGCAACUUUGAGAUCUCUCAUAAGGAAGCAUCUGCGCACCAUCGAAUUUGUGAAAGAACUGAAUGAUUCGAUAAAGUAUCUCAUAUUGAUGGAGUAUCUUUUAAAUUCGCUGAAUGUUGCUGCAGUCUCGAUUCAGUUUAUAACGUACGAUCGAAAGAUGUUAGCUUCGCCUAUUUUCUACUUCAGUUUCCUGUUUGUGCAAACGUUCGUCUUAGGCUGGAGCGCCAAUGAACUGCAAGUGCAGAGCUCAGCUCUGGCAGAGGCGUUGUACAAUAGCCCGUGGUACGAACAAAACAAAAAAGUGAAGAAAGCGUUGCUCACCAUGUUAAUCAGAUGUCAGCGUCCAUUGACUCUAACUAUUGGUCCGUUCGACGCAAUGACGACACAAUCUGCAUUAAUGAUUAUGAAGGCAUCGUAUUCAUACGUCACACUAAUGAUGAACAAUUACAACUAACCAAAAGGCAAGGAUUUUUGCUUGGCUUUGCCUGAUUUUAGUGGUCACCGCCAUUUGCUCUGCAUAUAGUCAAGUCGGAUAACCUCAAGUGAUUACUUUUUUGCGUAUAAUAA